AUGGAGUGGAGGUUGGGCAAGACGACCCACGCUCGGAGGAACCUCUUUGGCCCCGUAGACCACGAGCAGCUGUGGCAGGACUUCCAACACAUGCUGCGCAACAGCGUUGAGGGGGCUCAGCAGAAAUGGAACUUCGAUUUCCUCCAGAACACACCAGUGGAGGGGCUCCUGCAGUGGGAAGAGCUUGAGGGCCAUGAGGUGCCCGCCUUCUACCACGGCUGCAUGGUGGGAGAUGCUCGGAGGCCUCUGCAGCACUUGAACUGGCCCCUGGGCAGGGAGGACAAGAGUCACCACUUUGCCUGGGUAGCACUGACUGAGAAACCCAGAACUCCCAAAACAGGGGGCAAGAGGAUCUCGGAAGGGAAGAAAAGACAAACAUCUCUGACAGAUUACUACUCAGCAAAGAAGCGAGUCAAAACGAAUAUGCAAGCUGCUGCAAAGAAGUCAACUUCUUGA